AUGACAAUCCUAUUUCAAGUGAUAUCGACAGGAAUUGCUAGCUACAUCUGCAUGUCAAUUGGUGUCAUGUUCGCCUGGCCAUCUUCCACUCUGCAGCUCUUCUCGUCUGCAAACACGACCCUCAACCGACCAAUGACGGAGACAGAGGGUGCCCUUUUAGGCAGCCUUUCUUCAAUCAGCGCCUUGAUAAGCAUACCGUUUGUCAGCUUCUUUGUAGAUACUCUGGGAAGAAAAUAUUGUUGUAUGCUCUUUGCAGUGAUUCAAACUAUCAGUUGGGUCAUUAUAACUGUUUGCUACAAGGUGGAAGCCAUUCUCGCGGCAAGUUUUCUGUUCGGAAUCUGCAGAUGUAUACCACUAGUUGUACCGAUCUACAUCAGCGAGAUCUGCCAAGCUUCCAUACGUGGGGCGAUGACUUCAAGCGCGAUAAUCUUCCAAUCAAUUGGAAUGCUCGUUUCUUACCUCAUGGGAGGCUAUUUGAGCUACGACGUCAUGAACUACGCCUGUUUAUCUAUGACAGUGCUUGGAGUGGUCUUGAUAUCUUUUUUGAAGGAGUCACCGAUACAUCUGAUGAGGAAAGGUCACGAGAACGAGGCUAAACGAGCAAUCGCAUUCUACAGAGGCACGUCCAUCAAUUCUAAUCUGGUUGAAGAAGAAUUGAAAACGCUUCGAAGGGCGCUUAAUCCGGAUUUGGGUGGUGCUACGCCUGAAGAAGAGAAACUAAAUUCCGACCUAAAGGAAAACCCUAAACUUUCCUGGUGGCAAUAUUUAAGUAAGUACACGUAA